AUGGCUGCUGAGAGCUUUCUGACAGUUCUACUUCUGGCUGCCCUUGUCCUUGGUCUCCUUGUUGAUCCAUGUGAGAACCAAGAGUUGAGAUGUCAGUGUAUUCAGACAUACUCUGACUUUAUUUCUCCCAGAUACAUUACAAAGGUUCAGUUGAUACCUGAAGGUGCCUACUGCAGCAGAAAAGAAAUUAUAGCCACAUUGAAAAGCGGGAAAUUAAUUUGUUUGGAUCCUGAGGCUGAAUGGGUGAUGACUAUUAUCAAAAAGAUUAUGGACAGGUACAAUUAA